UUCAAAUUUUUAACUGCAAAGAGAGAACGAUAGAAGUUAUCAUUCGACGUUUAUAAGUGGUCUAGAUCAUUGCCGGGUGAUACAUUUUUCUAAUUGUUCAAAAAGACAGGUCACUAUGGUUUUCAUGGCUAUACAUGAGUUUUUCGAAAGACAUGGGGAUCCUAGAACGUAUAAAUACAUACUUAUGGACUCAAUAUGGAUUCCAUUUGCAAUUACGAUAGCAUAUUUGAUAUUUGUGCUUCACAUUGGACCACGGUUUAUGAAAAAUCGGAAGGCAUACGAUUUGAAAAAGCCUAUUAUGAUUUAUAACUUAUUGCAAGUAGCAAUGAAUAUUUAUUUAUGUAUUUAUGUUGUGUACGCUUUUAGCCAAGUUGCAAUUUCGAAAUGCAUCGAAGUUGAUUACUCAGAAAGUGAGAGGGGAUACAGAGAGCUCAAUUGUGCUCACCUUUAUUUUAUUAACAAAAUUAUUGAUUGCGCAGAUACGAUAUUCUUCGUACUGAAGAAGAGCUAUAGGCAAAUGAGUUUUCUUCACAUAUAUCAUCAUGCUCUUAUGAUAAAUAUGUCAUGGAUUUGUUGUAAAAUAGUUGGAGGUGGACAGAUGGGAUGGCCCUGUGUUUUCAAUUGUGUGGUUCAUAUUUUCAUGUAUGCCUACUAUUUCGCUACAGCGUAUAACCCAAAAUACAAGGAGAUACAGAUGAAGAAGUACAUGACACAACUCCAGUUGGUCCAGUUUAUGCUCGUUCUUUGGAUUUUUGGAACUACUCUAUUUUCUCGAUGCAGAUUCAACAAAAUUAUGCACGGUCUACUAAUAUUAGAAGCAUCUGUGUUUUUAUAUCUUUUUGUCAAAUUUUAUUACCACUCGUAUAUGACACCGAAACCCAAAAGAAGCUGAAACAAAAACAAGUGAAUAAUAGUUGCCAAUUCUAUGUGUUUCGUGGAUGAAGAAAACCAAAAACACACUCAAAGUGCUAGGAUCCUGCACUUUCAAAAUAUUACAGCUGUAGUUACCGUCUUUUGAAUAAAUUAUUUAUAAUAAAA